AAAGCAACUUCCGUUUGUCAAGCUAGCCAUUCGGCUCGCGGCGGAGGACUUUGAUACAUGUGGUCACUGACUACACAGAGAGGUGCAUUAAGUUACCCAGAUGUACGGUUGUUGAGAGAAGCGGAAAAAUAAAGAAAAAAAUAAUUUCUGCGAGAAUGACAGACUUGGGGAUUUCACUGGCACUAUUGGCCACAACAGUACUUCUCUGCGAGGCGACGCGCAUACUGAUCUCGCGCCUGUUCUCUGGCAAGGAUUAUGCGAUUUACCUAGUGGAAAUUGUCUCGACCUACCAGCUCUGUGCAUGUACGCACGAACUCAAAGUCCUGGGCGAAGUUGGCAGAAUCGAACCGCAUAUAGCACUCACACUGACUUUCAUAAUCACGGUGGUCCACGUAAUAACUUUUCACGGGGCGUUCGCCAACCCAAAUGGUGCUAUCGAGAACGUUUACCGCAAGACUAUCACAGGGAAAACCGCGGUGGCGCGCAUAACUUGUAUGUUUAUAGGUGGGAAAGCAGCGCAGCUCCUCGUGCCCCACAUUUGGUCCUUGGGUCUAUCCGACCACCACCUCACGCACAAAAGGUUCGGAUUUAAAUGCUUCAGUCCCAUCAAUGGGUCCCUGUUGGAGGCCGCUGGUGUGGAGCUGGCUUGCACUUUCGCUGUCCAAGCCGCAGUCCUCCACAUUCAUAAACUAGACGAGAGAUUCCACGCCCCUGUCAUCGCUGCUGUCAUUACGUCACUGGUUUACUCAGGGGGUCAUAUUUCAGGGGCUGUUUUCAACCCAAUCAUGGCCUUCUCCGUCCAGUUCCCCUGCAGUGGACACACCUUCCUGGAAUAUGCUUUUGUCUACUGGCUGGGACCAGUCACAGGCAUGGCAAUGUGCAUCCUGCUGUUUGACAAAAUCAUCCCACUCCUAUCUGGGAAAAGCGCAAUGGGCGUGGGCAUCCCUGUUGUCCAGAAGAAGAAGAUACAGUAACAUGAGAUUAUGGCUUUAGCCCUCUGAGUAGGCUCCUUUAU